ACAUCAACACCAGAGAACGUGUUUUUGGGAGACGUUUAAGUUACGGGAACGGAGCCGGUUUUUUAUCCGGCCAAGGAAUAUCAGCUCGGUUUUGGUAAAAAGUGUUGGCAAAUGUUUCAGGAAAAUAUUUGAUUCGUAUUUAAAUAAUAACUUUUCUAAAACAAUAAAUUUAUUUUCACAUCAAUUAUUUCCGUGUUGUGCCGGUUCUUUUAUUUUUAUUUUUUGUUAAUAUAUCAGAAUUGAAAAUAAUAAGUUGUCAAAAGUUUACAAACAUAAGGACAAGAUUGGGGCUGCGAACUAACGUUGACUUCAUAGGAAUAUUUUAAAAUGAAAAGAGCUGUCACAGUCGACACCAAAAAUAUAUGGUAAUAAUUAUUUGUAUCAUCUUUGUGUGUUGGGUAAAAUUGUAAUAUUGUAUUCACCACGAAAAAUGUCAAAAUAUAAAUUUCAUCUGCCAGAAUUUUGAAUUUUCUAACAUUUGGCAUGCAAGAUCAAUAUCUAAAUUAAAUAAAUAAUAGUGGGCUUUUAUUAUGACGCUUCAACUAAAUACGGAGUCGCCGCAAUAUGGCGAAAAUAUAAUAAAAAUAUUAAAAGAUAGCAGCGGCGGUGAUUCUGAAGUCACCAAGAGCACAGUUUCACAAAUAUUUACGCAAAUUAAACGCUUCCAGGAGAGCGUACGCAAAAAUAUCGACGACAACUAUGUUGACUUCAUGCCCAAUCAAACGACUGUUGACGCGUUCCUCCAUGAAGGUGAACAAUUAGUGCGCGAGUCUGAAUAUUUACUGCAGACAGGUAGCAGUGAGGCAAGCGAAUCCCUACGUCAAGCCAAUACGGAACUGGCUGCCUGUAUUGAUGAGUUUCGUGAAAUGUCAUUAGGUUUACGCGUUUCCUAUCGCAUACUCAAAGUGGAUGAUCUUUUUCAAUGCAUUAAAGAGGCGAAUUCACAUAAAGAGUAUUUGGUUGUGCUCGACCAUUUGGGAAAAUUGAAAAGUCUAAUAUCCUGUGAUAGUGGCAGUGAUGUAGAUCGUGUAUUACAAAAAUGCAAUUGCUACGACACCAUAAAUGUAAAAUAUCUAAUGCAGACAAAAAUAUUGGAACAAAAUCUGCAACAGAGAUUCGAAGAACUUGUGCAAUUCAACGAAAAACAAUUUUCACAUUCAAAAUGUGUUACGUUGCAAGUAUCAACAGAUGUAAAUCAGUUACAAGACACAGUAAUGGCACUAUUUCAGGCUCGUUAUAAUCCAAUCAAAAUGUGCGACUUUUUACUGGAAAACUGUUUUGUGCCAAUUAUUUUGAAGCCCGUUUUACUAGAAUAUUGUGAGGAGAGCCCAGAUUAUGUACAACUAAAACUUUCCUAUUCACUCAAAGAAAUGAGUAAAAGUUUGCGACCCUCUUACAAUAAAGUAUUCGAGAAUAUCAAGUUGGUUUUGACUUGUUUGAGCAAUAUAAACGUUUCAGUAUCGAAUGAUCAGCAAGUAUUCUCCAUUAUUGGUGAACACAUAAAGCAACGCUUACUGAAUUUGCUUGUGGAUGAAUGCCUAAAGUAUGCUAUACCGAAAAAUAUGAAUGAAUAUGAAGAGUCUACGCUUGUUGAGGACGUCAUACAAUUUGAACACUUUUUAGCGGAUGUGUUUUUAAUUAAUGCCGAAACUGAUCACACUUUAAGUGAUUUUACUGAAAAAUUCGAAGCAUAUUUUCGCGAAGAAUUUAAUAAUAAUCUAUUGAAAAGUGCAAUUGAUAUAAUGCGUAAAGAUUUGCAAGAUAUGGCUUUGAUUGCUGAGAAGAAUUCUGCAGAUGAUGUAUCGAAGAAUCCAUUUCUUUUUCCCUGUUGCAUGGUAUCGAAAAGCACACUGGAACUUAUUAAGCUAAUGGAACGUAUACUACGCCAAUCGCAUGAAACAAAGGAUGAGAGUCUAAUUAAUGUAAUCGGUGUUAUACUUAAUGCAUAUUUGAGCGAAGUACCCAAUAUACACGGAAAGUUGAUGAACAGCAUACCACAGCAGUCGGCUUUGUUUUACAAUAAUUGUCAAUUUCUGGCACAUUGGGUUACUACAAAUUCGGACAAAGGCAUACCCACGUAUCCGGCGUUGGUGAAGACACUACAGAUGACUGGUUGUAAAUACCUGAAUUUGCAAAUCAGCUACCAGCAAAAAAUUAUAAUGGGCAUUCUUAAGGAAUUCGAUAUUUCAGAUGCCCACACAGUUGGCACAGCACCGCUGAAAUUGUUGCGCCAAUGCUUGCGGCAAUUAGAUUUGUUGAAAAAUGUUUGGCUGAACGUGCUGCCAGACGCCAUGUACAAUAAGACAUUUUGCGAUAUUUUACAUGAUUUUUGUAAUGAAAUCAUACGGCGUAUACUUGCAAUGGAGGACAUAUCCGCGACAGUUGCAAACGAGUUGAGUGAAUUGAUCGGUGUCAUAUUGGAGAAAGUGCCAACAUUAUUUAAGUCUAAACAUGAAGUCAUACAUAUUAAGUCGUGGAUGAAACUUGAACAAUUGAAAAUGAUACUCAACGCAUCGUUGCAAGAAAUCACCGAGCAGUGGUGUGAAGGUGCAGGCAUAUUAACCGUCAAUUACAAAGCUGAAGAAAUUAAACAUAUCAUACGUGCACUUUUCCAAAACACAGAUCGACGCGCUAAGGCCUUAACUAAAAUUGUUUGAACUGUUUUGAACAUUCCCCCUCUAUACACAAUGGUAAAAUAUGGUAUAAUAUUUGUUUCAAUAUAACGUUGGGUAUACAAUAUUUGAAAUAAACUACAUGUAGUUGCUAUACAUACAUACAUAAUUGCAUAAAAUUAGUUAUAAACAAGUAAGGAAGAUUAAGUUCGGUUGCAAAGAUCAAAAGCGAGAAAAUACUUUCAGGUCUCGCAAAACAUUUUAUUAAAAUUUUUUGGAUACAAAUUUAACAUUAAUUAAUCGACAAAACCGUGAAUAGAUUACAAUCAUAUUUGGUAUUUUAUUAACUUAUAUUAUUAAUCAUAGAAUCACUUAGUUUAAUCACUAUGUUUUGCUUUUUCGAACUAUUUAUAUUAAAAUGAGAUAUAUGUUAUUAAACAUCUCAA